UGGACGCAUCUCGCAAAAGGAAGACCAGGCGAUGAAACCUAAAAAUCAAGAGUUUCAUUCGAAAAAUGUAGGUGGACGCAUCCCGCAAAAGGAAGACCAGGCGAUGAAACCUAAAAAUCUUGAGCAAUUAGCAUUCGAUCUUAUGAAUUAUAGGAAAUCAAAUUUCCAUGAAGAAACGGUUGAUAGGCAAAUUUUAGCAUCCGGUUUAUUAAACAAAAAAUCCCACCAUGGUUUACAAGCACAGUACUCCUUUCUUCAUUUCACCUUUCAGGAAUUUCUUGCCGCAAAACACGUCGCCGAAACAUAUUCCUCUGUCGAAAUAAAAGACUUCAUUUCCGGUCACGUUAGCAGCGACAGGUGGCAUUUAGUUCUCCAGUUCAUUGCAGGACUGUUGGCCCGGAAUACGAAGAUGCUUGUUGCAGCAUUUAAGGAUUGCAUUCACGCGUAUGCAGAAUACAUGGAAGUUGUUAAUAAUGAAAUUGAGCUAAAUAGCAAUCAAGUCAUGGUAAUGAAAUGCUUAAGAGAAGUGGAUGAUGAAGGAAUUAUUCAAGACAUUUGCAACACGUCGAUAUUGAAUGAUGUUGAAAAAAUUUAUGGCGCUGAUAGCUUUUCUUCAAGCGAUUGGGAGGCAGUAACGUUUGUUUGUAGAUUUAUGAAGAAUUUGACGAUUUUGGAUUUGGAUCCAAUGGGCGAAGAUGGUCUUCAAGAAGUCAUAAAAUUGCUGCAGAAAAGAUGCUUAAAAGAGCUAACGUUGCUACAACAACAGUCAAAGAGGGGUGGCUGCUUGACGGAACAAGUGUGUGAAUCGUUAACGAAAUUGGACUGUAAAUUAGCUCAUAGUUGUGCCCAUCUGGUCUCCUUAAAGCUCAAAUGUCGUCUAAAAGACGACACAAGUUUAUCUAACACAUGUGCAUUUUUCAAACGCGAUCGUGCAAGUUACCUUAAGAAGUUGCAUUUUGGUAUCACAAGAACAUCUGAUAGCGUAAAACUACUUGACGUUUUUUGCAAUGGAAAUUGCGGCAAACUUACUGAGUUGCGCUUUGAAAUGAAUGCAUUAGAAAAUGAUGUACUGGUGCUGUGGGAUACGUUGAUUAGAAGUUUUCAUAACUUUCAUCGUCUUACCAGAUAACAGAAUCGAUGAUAUCGGCGCUGAAAGGUUGUUUGAAGAUGCUUUAAGUAAAGAGAAUUGCAAGCUGACUACGUUGUAUCUUGAUUCUUGUGAUCUAACCGAGAGAUGCAUUGGCAGUUUGUGCGAUACACUCCAAAGUGAACAUUGUAAGCUGACGGUUUUAUCGUUGUCGCGAAAUUUCCUAGACGAUAAUGGCGGUAGUACGUUGUUUAAAAACGCUUUCAAGAGAGGGAAUUGUAAGCUUACUACCUUGUAUCUAGACUCCUGUUAUUUAAGACGUCAAUCCUCAAUCGAUUUGUGUAACGCACUGCAGAAUGAACAUUGCCAACUCACUUUCCUCUCUCUGUCUAAUAAUAAUUUUGUAAUUUCUCCUAUGUUGUUUAAUGCUCUGACAAAUAAGCAUUGUAAGCUCACUACAUUAUAUCUUGAGUCUUGUUCAGCUUCAUAUUCACUCUUCGAGACUUGUCAGGCAAUCCAAGAAGAACGUUGCCGACUUACUUUUCUAUCACUCUCACAUAAUGCCGUUGGUGACAAAGAUGUGAAUGGUUUGUUUUAAUUUGGUCUGACAAACAAGUAUUGUAAUCUUUCUACCUUGAAUCUUGAGUCUUGUAAUUUGACUAAUGGAUGUAUAUCCACGUUG